AGACUAACUUCCAUUUAUUUUGAGGGGAAAAUUACUGUACUCCAGUUUCAUUUCUGCUAAAAGAAGACCAUGAACAGGCUGGUACACAUCCUGCAUUACACGCUGCAUCACUUUCCAGCAAUCUAGAAAGCAGAGAAGGAGACACUAAAAUGAGGAGACGUCAAAUAACCAUUAAGCAUCCUAUACACACAUCAGCAGACCAACUGUCCACUAUGAACUCCAUGCUAUCCAGUACCCAACAGAGAACAAUCUGCUCCCAGCUGGGAAGAGUCAAACUACAGCUGCUGUACAAGGCCAGCAUCCAUGGUUUCACUGGUGCAGCCUUCCAUGAACGAUGUGACACCCGCAGUCCCACAGUGUCUGUGGGCUACAACAACUCAGGUUAUGUGUUUGGAGGCUACACCAAACAGCCUUUCACAAAGUCUGGUAAUUAUGUGCACGAUGACCAGGCCUUUCUUUUUACCUUCAGUGGAGAAAAGCUCCUUAAAUAUCCGGUCACUGGCCCUGCUUAUGCAGUGUAUAUGGACCCUAACUCCGGUCCAUAUUUUGGAGGAGCAUUAGUUCUUGUCAAUGGAAACCAAGCAGUGGUGUAUAGCAGUCCAGGAAAUUAUUACAACUUCAAUGCUGCAGAGAUGCAUGGCAACAACCUCAACCUGACUGAGUGUGAAGUCUAUCAAGUGGAAGAAACCACAGAACUUGAGAGGCCAUGGAGGACUAUAAUCUGGGAGUCUGAGAAGAGGAAGGAGCUGAUUGAGAGUAUUAAGACCUACAAACCCAUUGUAAACUCUGUGCCCCAGGUGCGGGUUUUGCUCAUUGGACCAGUUGGAGCUGGAAAGUCCAGCUUCUUCAAUUCUAUCAACUCUGUAUUCAGAGGCCAUGUCACCAGCCAGGCCAUCGCUGGAAGCUCUACCACCAGCCUCACCACACAGUUUCGCACCUACUCAAUGAAAGCUGGACGAGAGGGCAAACCCCUGCCAAUCAUCUUGUGUGAUACUAUGGGACUGGAGGAAAGCACAGGGGCAGGGCUUGAUAUAGAUGACAUCAUCAGCAUCCUUAAAGGUCAUCUGCCCGACCGUUAUCAGUUCAACCCCUCUGCUCCCCUGCAUUCAGAGGCCCAUGGCUAUCAUAAGUCUCCAGGGAUCAAGGACAAGGUUCACUGUGUGGCCUAUGUCAUUGAUGCCUGCAAGAUCUCCAUCAUGUCGACAAAGCUGGAGGAGAAGCUGGACGCUAUCCGCAGAAAGAUCAACUUAAUGGGGAUUCCUCAGCUGAUCCUGUUCACUAAAGUAGAUGAAGCCUGCCCUCUGGUGAAAGAAGACAUGAGAAACGUUUAUAAGAGUAGCUACAUCAAGGAAAUGAUGCAGGAGGUCAGUGCUCGGCUCGGUGUCCCACUGUCCUGUGUCAUUCCUGUUAAGAACUACAGCGAGGAGUUGGAGUUGGACUUGAACUGCGACAUCCUGCUGCUCAGCGCUGUCAUUCAGAUGCUUCGCUUUGCUGAUAAUUACUUUGAUGAGAUCAGUGACCGAUUCAGCAACAUUGACACCAAAGAAUAGGAAGUAUUUGUGCAGUACAUCUAAUAACCUGAGCACUAGUAAUGUUAUGUCCCUCACAAUGAUCCAACUAUUUACCAACAGCUGAUUCUAGCCAGUGCUAGUUCACUGUGUUAACAGAAACAGGACAUCCAGAUGCUGGCUUUAGAAACUCUGAUCUUCACUUUGUGUUCCUCAGCUGGAAAAUGUCCAAUUUUCUUUGUUGUUUGGUAGUAAAUUCUCCAUAUCAAGAUAAUUAAUAAUGUAAAGAUUAAACAGCACUCCUUAUUACACUAUAACGGGUGUGAUUUGAUCUUUACAUUAUCAGUCUGAAAUGUAACGUGUUAUUCCUUUUUUGGCUCAUUUACAGGGACAUUUCAUCACAGUUGACAAGUUUUAUGAGAUUACACAUUAUCUGAUAUUCUUAUCAUAAAGAUGAACAUUUAUUCUUCAUUACAUUAAGCCUUCUUUUGCAUUGUGAUCGUUUUAUUCUUUAGACAGCUUUUAUCAGAGCUCAUCUGCAUUUGCUCCUCAGGUCUGAUUUGAGUGUCCAAAGAAUGAUGAUGUUUGGACUUUUGUGGCACCAAAUCAUUUCAUCAUACAUAUAGUUCUGAUGUGGCAAUAGAAGUUGUUUCAGCACUCCCUGCAUGUUCUGACUGCCUGGUGUACACAUGCUGCUGUGAAAUGUUGUACAAAAUAAAUGGAGCACCUGGGUGUA